GUGUGUGUGUGUGAGUGUGUGAGUGUGUGUUUGUUACAGUAUCACAAAGUGUUGCUGUGUCAGUGUUUUUAUUUCCAGUUAAAUAGUAAAAUUCCUCCUUCACUCACUUCACACGGCUCAAACCCAGACGAUGAAGUCAGAAACCCACAGACAGACUGUGAUGUUAUCCCUCGUCCUUCUCCUCAUCUCCGUGACCUCUUGCUGUCGUGUGGCUCCAGUCACAGAAUGUAAUAAGUUUCCCUUUGUUCCGGGUCACAACCUGGUGGGUGAGGGCUUCGAUAUUGUGCGCAUGAAAACCACAGGUGCAUUUGUGGUGAACAUGAAGGAGUACACCACCGGCAGUGGUUAUGGCAACUGCACCAUCUGCAAGAACUCUCUGUUGGGUGGAGAGCAGAAGCUGCCGUCUGCUGUCACCGACUGGCGCGUGAAGGUGAACUGCAAACGCAGCAUCAGUGCCCAAGUGUUCGAGUCGACCAGCUCUGUGCUGAAACAUAGCACCAGCUCCACCAGCGUGGGCUGGAAGGUGGGUCUUGGGCUGCCCAUGGUGGGCGGAGCAGCAGUCGGAGGCACACACUCCAAAUCGUCCACGUUCGCACGUUCCCAUGCCUCCCAGGACAAGUAUUUCUAUACCAACCAUGAGUUCUCCUGCAGCUACUACACGCUCAGAGUGAAGAUCCAGCCUCCUUUGUCCAAAGAGUUCCUCGACUCAGUGAAAGCUCUUCCUAUGUCCUAUAAGAGUCAGACUGAAUCCGCUUACCAUCACUUCCUGUCCAUCUUUGGCACUCACUACCUGCGUCAGGUGAAUUUAGGUGGCCGUGUGCAGACCAUCACCGCGGUGCGCACGUGUCAAAUCGCCAUGAAGGGUCUGUCAGUGCGAGAUGUCAGUAACUGUCUCUCUGCCGAGGCAUCGGCUGUGAUCCAGGGCGUUGAAGUUAAAGGCCAGGCGAGUUACUGCAAGAGCAAGAGCAAUAAACUUGAAAACAAAAGCGGCUUCAGCGCCUCCUUCUCGGAUCGUGUUACUGAGGUCUUUGGUGGCAACGGAGGCAGUGCGGACCUUCUGUUCUCCCCAGAUAAACAGCAUGGAUACGACGCGUGGAUGAAGACGCUGCAGACCAUCCCUGGAGUCGUUUCCUACAGGCUGUCACCGCUGCACCUGCUCGUGAGGAACGACUCGGCCAGGAGGGAAGCUCUUCGGAAAGCCAUCAGCCAGUAUGUGAUGAAGAACGCCGUGUCAUCCUCCUGCUCCUCUAAGUGUAAAAUCGGACACCGUAGUCCUGACUGUGCGUGCAAAUGCAGUGGGCACCAAAAUAUCGACUCAAACUGCUGUCCGGGUCACCCCGGUGUCGCAACCCUGAACGUCAAGGUGGAGAGAGCAUCCGGACUCUGGGGGGAUUAUUUCUCCAAGACCGACGGCUAUGUUAAAGUCUUCUAUGGGAAGAGCGGAGCAUGCACGCCAGUUAUAUGGAAUAACGAUUUCCCAGUCUGGAAUUAUGACGUUAAAUUUGGAACUGUGAAUUUGUCAAAGAGACAGCCUAUACGCUUUGAGGUGUGGGAUCGUGAUAACAAGUGGGACGAUAACCGCCUGGGCACUUUCAGCAUCGUUCCUACAAAAGGCAUCAACGUAAAGAAGCGGUUUAAUCUGAAACAUGGCUCACUCUUCACCUCCAUCACGGCAAUCUGUGGUCCAAACCUUCAGGGAACAAUUUGUGAGCGCUAUGCCCCUUCACCUGAAGGAGAGCGACUCAUCACCUACCCUGAGCUGCUCCAGAAGCGGCAUCAGCCCUGGACCAAGAAAAACUACAACACCAUGCUGUAGAGAGAAGAGAGCAUUAAUGUCUCACCAACAUGCUGAGAAGCUUAUUCGCUCAUUGCUGAGACAUCAGAACAAAACUCCGGUGAAAUCCUUUAUUUUGAUCUGUUAGGAAAUUCAUAUCAGCUCCUUCAUGUCCUGCUUUAUGUUUAUUACAAAAAAUGUACUUUUUUUUUUUAGUUUCAAAACUAAAUACUUAUCCUGUGGGCCUAAAGGCUUUAAAAGUAUUUUUUUAGACUAUGUAAACAUUUUAUUAGCAUGAUUUGUGAUUAUAAGUUUUAUUUGCAAAAUAUACUUUGCUCGUUGUUACAUUUGAUUAUUUAGGAUAAUUCAGACUUUUUUGUCACAAUAAAAUAUCUAGCACACUCAUGAAAGUCCAAAAUGCACUGCUGCUUCGUUUGCUUUUGCUUUUUACAUUUUUAUUGAAAAUGUACUAAAUAAUGUACUAGUUAAUAAAGCGCUGAUAAAAAUGA